GUACCACACUGUACUAAAAGGGUCUUGGCCCUUCGCGCCCUCCCGCCAUCGCCCUCUAGCGCUUCCACUAUCACUGCGAAGUUCUAAUUCUUUUUUGACUUCGUACUAUUUUACGUGCUCUUUAGAAAACAAGAGGUCAGAUUGUAACCCCGGCAAGUCUGGCCUCCUGUGACCAGGCGAACCUGAGCUGUCAUUUAUACCCAUCCCCUAAUUUUUAAUUUUACAACCCCUUUAACCCCUUUCUUUUUUCUUUCUUUCUUUUCUUUUCUUUUCUUUUUUUUUUUUUAAAUAAAGACAGGGUUUCACUAUGUUGCCCAGGCCGGUGUCGAACUCCUGGGCUCGAGAUCCUCCCAUUUUGGCCUGUGCUGGGAUUCCAGGCGUGAGCCGCCAUGCCCGGCCUUGCAACCCCAGUGUGAAACUGGGGCUCUCCCUCAACUGACCGGGAAGAGCCUUCCCCACUCAGUGAGCUCCAGGGCUAACCCAAACUCCUCUGUUUUCCCUUGGAUUUUGCUUAGUUCACCUUAGUUGUCAUCAACAUGCACGGUCAUUAUUUUUUAUUUUUGAGAAGAAUCUCGCUCUGUCGCCCAGGCUGGAGUGCAGUGGCACGAUUCUCGGCUCACUGCAACCUCUGCCUCCCGGGUUCAAGUGAUUCUCCUGCCUCAGACUCCCGAGUAGCUGGGACUACAGGCGCGCACCACCACGCCCACCUAUUUUUGUAGCUUUAGUAGAGACAGGGUUUCACCUUGUUGGCCAGGAUUAUCCGCCUGCCUCGGCCUCCCAAAGUUCUGGGAUUACAGGCGUGAGCCACCGCGCCUGGCCGAUUUAUUAUUUGAGACCGGGUCUCGCUCUGUCCCCCAGGCUGGAGUGCAGUGGUGCCAUCUCAGCUCACUGCAACUUCCGCCUCCUGGGCUCAAGUAAUCCUCCCACCUCAGCCUCCCAAGUAGCUGGGGUCACCAGCGCAGCCACCGCGCCCGGCUACUUUUUUGUGUUUUUAGUAGAGAAGGGGUUUUGUCAUGUUGCCCAGGCUGGUCUGGAACUCCUGAGCUCAAGUGAUCUGCCCUCCUCGGCCUCCCAAAGUGUUGAGAUUACAGGCGCAAGCCACUGCGCCCGGCAACAUGCACGAUUAUUAUUAAGAGGGCAAGUAACUGUGAGAUAUUUGCGAUGAAGUAGUAUCUGUCAAAACCAGUGCUCUGAAGGAAUUUAUGAUAUGAUGAGGCUUCAUUCCUUCUUGCAGUACCCAUUUAUGCUGCCUUGACCACUGAAGUUGGUAUUGGAUAUACAAAGAUGAUCACUUUUACUCCUCUAUACAUUGAACAUCCAUUCAACAAAUACUUUAUGUGCCUCCUUUAUAACAAAAUAACUAACUUUGCCUAGGGCAACAAAAAGGCUUUAUAAAGGAGUAAAUAUGUGAGCUGGGUCAUAUAGCAUCAAAAGGAAUUUGCUGAGCUCAAAAGGAGAAGGUAAUUUCGGGAUUCAGUACAGGAAUACAGAGCUUUGAGAAGCUUUAGCAUACUUAGGGAGAGUGGGAUAAUCAACCUGCCUGAGCAUUUAGUGCACGAGUGAUUGGUGAAGCAAGAGGUAGGUUAAGAUCAGCUUGUGAAGGAUCUUGGUUUCCAAUAGGGAGUUUAGAUUUUAUUCAGUAGUUACCAGGAAUCCAGUGGAUAUUUUGUGCAAGGAGUGAGCAGGAGGAUAUUUGUUUUUUUAGGAUGGUCUCUGACAGCUAUAUGGAGGAUCAACUGGGAACAGAAAAACUAGAUGAAAGGAAAUUGGCAAUCAUUCAGAUUAAUAAAGAACUCUUCAGAAUUCCUGGUGUUUCAUCAUAUAUACGACUAAGAUAUCAACCCUUCUAGCUUGCUGUUUCUGGACCAAAAAAAAUGACGUCUAUUAUCAAAUUAACUACCCUUUCUGGGGUCCAAGAAGAAUCUGCCCUUUGCUAUCUUCUCCAAGUUGAUGAGUUUAGAUUUUUAUUGGACUGUGGCUGGGAUGAGCACUUUUCUAUGGAUAUUAUUGAUUCCCUGAGGAAGCAUGUUCACCAGAUUGAUGCAGUGCUGUUGUCUCACCCUGAUCCUCUCCACCUUGGUGCCCUCCCGUAUGCUGUCGGAAAGUUGGGUCUGAACUGUGCUAUCUAUGCAACCAUUCCUGUUUAUAAAAUGGGACAGAUGUUCAUGUAUGAUCUUUAUCAGUCUCGACACAAUACAGAAGAUUUUACACUCUUUACAUUAGAUGAUGUGGAUGCAGCCUUUGACAAAAUACAACAGCUAAAAUUCUCUCAGAUUGUGAAUUUGAAAGGUAAAGGACAUGGCCUGUCUAUCACACCUCUGCCAGCUGGUCAUAUGAUAGGUGGAACAAUAUGGAAAAUAGUCAAAGAUGGAGAAGAAGAAAUUGUUUAUGCAGUUGACUUCAACCACAAGAGGGAGAUCCAUUUAAAUGGAUGUUCCCUGGAAAUGCUAAGCAGGCCUUCCCUACUUAUCACAGAUUCAUUCAAUGCUACAUAUGUACAGCCUAGAAGAAAACAGAGAGAUGAGCAGCUUCUGACAAAUGUCCUGGAAACACUUCGAGGUGAUGGAAAUGUGUUAAUAGCAGUGGACACAGCAGGCAGAGUUUUGGAACUUGCUCAACUUCUUGAUCAGAUUUGGAGGACUAAAGAUGCAGGAUUGGGUGUUUACUCAUUGGCACUCCUAAAUAAUGUCAGUUACAAUGUGGUGGAGUUUUCUAAGUCCCAGGUAGAAUGGAUGAGUGAUAAAUUGAUGAGAUGUUUUGAAGACAAAAGAAAUAAUCCGUUUCAGUUUCGCCAUCUCUCUUUAUGUCAUGGUCUUUCUGACUUGGCCCGAGUACCUAGCCCUAAAGUUGUACUUGCCAGCCAACCUGACCUGGAAUGUGGAUUUUCAAGGGAUCUCUUUAUUCAGUGGUGUCAGGACCCUAAAAACUCAAUCAUUCUAACCUACAGAACUACUCCUGGGACUUUAGCACGUUUCCUAAUUGAUAAUCCUUCUGAAAAAAUUACAGAAAUAGAGUUGAGAAAACGUGUGAAGCUUGAAGGGAAAGAACUUGAAGAAUACUUGGAAAAAGAGAAACUAAAGAAAGAAGCUGCCAAAAAGCUUGAGCAGUCAAAAGAGGCAGAUAUAGAUUCCAGUGAUGAGAGUGACAUUGAGGAAGAUAUUGACCAGCCAUCAGCUCAUAAGACGAAGCAUGACUUGAUGAUGAAAGGUGAAGGCAGUCGUAAAGGAAGUUUUUUCAAACAGGCAAAAAAGUCCUAUCCUAUGUUUCCUGCCCCAGAAGAAAGAAUUAAAUGGGAUGAAUACGGAGAGAUUAUCAAACCAGAGGAUUUCUUAGUGCCAGAGCUUCAAGCUACUGAAGAAGAAAAAAGCAAAUUAGAAUCUGGUUUGACAAAUGGAGAUGAACCUAUGGAUCAGGAUUUAUCUGAUGUUCCUACUAAAUGUAUUUCUACAACAGAGUCUAUUGAAAUAAAAGCCCGGGUUACCUACAUAGACUAUGAAGGACGCUCUGAUGGGGAUUCCAUUAAAAAAAUCAUUAAUCAGAUGAAACCACGACAGUUGAUCAUCGUCCAUGGCCCACCAGAGGCCAGUCAAGAUCUGGCAGAGUGCUGUCGCGCCUUUGGUGGGAAAGAUAUUAAAGUGUACAUGCCAAAGCUACAUGAAACAGUUGAUGCCACUAGUGAAACUCACAUCUACCAGGUGAGGUUAAAAGACUCACUUGUCAGCUCUCUUCAGUUUUGUAAGGCAAAAGAUGCUGAAUUAGCUUGGAUAGAUGGUGUCUUAGAUAUGAGAGUUUCCAAAGUGGACACAGGGGUUAUUUUAGAAGAAGGAGAACUAAAGGAUGAUGGAGAAGACUCAGAGAUGCAAGUGGAAGCUCCCUCAGAUUCUAGCGUUAUAGCACAACAAAAGGCCAUGAAAAGUCUGUUCGGAGAUGAUGAAAAAGAAACAGGUGAAGAAAGUGAGAUCAUUCCUACUUUGGAACCCUUGCCACCUCAUGAGGUUCCUGGACAUCAGUCAGUUUUUAUGAAUGAACCAAGGCUGUCAGACUUCAAGCAAGUUCUCUUACGGGAGGGGAUUCAAGCUGAAUUUGUAGGAGGUGUACUUGUUUGCAACAAUCAAGUAGCAGUCCGCAGAACGGAAACUGGACGCAUUGGAUUAGAAGGCUGCCUUUGUCAAGAUUUUUAUAGGAUAAGAGACCUUUUAUAUGAACAAUAUGCCAUUGUAUAAAGGACAUGAUGUCAAGAAAUAUCUGCUUGACCUUUCUAAGAAAAAGGGAUUCUUAUCUUACUCUGAGCUUUUGAUGUUUUGUUUUGUAACAUACAAAAAGAAUCUGCCAGAAAAACUUACAUGUAUUAGAUUUUUAAAAAUAUAAAUAGAGAACAUUUUGCAGAUGCUCAAAUGAGCAUUCUAUCUUUUGGCUUUCAGAGUGAUAGAGCUCCUAACAGGUGUACAGGCCCAAGAGUUGAAGGUGAUUGGUUUUCUUUACAGACUCCUUGUUCUAGAAGGGCUUUUUACUUGAAUAAAACAAUGCAACUUAGCAAACCAAUUUAUGGCCUUAGAGAAACAUUUUUGCAUGAGUUCUUACAAACUGUUUGUUAUAUUUUCUGGAAUGAUCAGUGAGAAUUAUUUAGAAAAGACAUGCUCCAAAACAAAAACAAAACUGAUAAAACAGUUUUUCGAAGCUUAUUUUUAAAAGCAUACGUGCUAUGACUCUCUCCAGUUUGAAUAUGCAAUUGUUUUCACAGGCAGGAUGUCUGUUUUCUGCCUGUAUUUCCCAGUGAUUUACUCUAGGGUAAGGUAGUACACAUUUGGUUCAGAAAUUAAUUUUUAUUUCUCCUAUAUCUUGUUUUAUCAAGAUUUUGUUGUGGCAUUUCAAUGUAAAUUAUAACACCAUCAUUUGAGUAUACAUAAUUCAAAAGAACUACUUGAUGCAGUAUAGUCUUAAGGGUUCUGCAUACAUUUUAGAAACAUCUUAGCUGUAAGUUAGGUCCUGUGUUAAACUGUUUAGUGCUCUGUUUUUAAGGAAACAAAUGUUGAACCUCACACUUUUAUGUGGUGACAGUGUAAUUUAAUUAAAAGGUGUAAAUGUUUUCAUCUCUUAGGCUUGCUGUCUCCUAAGGUCACCCAAGCAGUGGUUGGAUUUUAUACACAUUACUACUAAAAUAAUACUGAAGUUGGAUAAGGUUAUCCUUUCUGUGUUUGCGUCUUUCUUGUGACUAACUACGCUGAUAUAGUAUUAACCACUGUGUUCAAGAGUAAAAACAAUAUAUGCAAUUUUCAUUGAACUUAAAGAGUGAAAACCAUGUAAACUAUUGAAACUAUUGUAAUCCAUUAAUGCUUUUUUUGGAAUGGCAGACCUUGAUGUUUAUUUCUCAAAUGGUUAAGCCCUCUUCUUUACUCUUAAUUUUUUUUUGAGACAGAGUCACCCAGGCUGGAGUGCAGUGGUGAGAUUUUGGCUCACUAUAACCUCUUCCUCCAGGGUUCAAGUGAUUCUCCCACCUCAGCCUCCCAAGUAGCUGGGACUACGGGCACAUGCCACUGCACCUGGCUAAUUUUUAUAUUUUUAGUAGAGACAGGGUUUCACCAUGUUGGCCAGGCUGGUCUCAAACUCCUGACCUCAAGCGAUCCACCCACCUAGGCCUCCCAAAGUGCUGGGAUUACAGGCAUGAAUCACCACAACUAGCCUACCCUUAGAUUUUUGGAAGGAUCGAUCUUAUUUAACUAUGUGUGGAACAACCCAGUAAUAUCAGACUCGAAUUACUAUUUCAUUCUAUUUCAAAUGCUUACAAAGCUACUAUUGUAGAUUAUAGUGUUAAUGCAAAGUUUACAGGCUUUUGAUAUGGAAAACCAGAUAAACAAAACAAUGUUACAAAAGGCAAAUAUAAAGAGUAUGUUUUCUUUUUAGUGCUUUGGAAAAAUUUCACUUAAACUCUUAUUACUGUAUAGAUUAAGCCCUAUAAUGCUAUUUAUAUUCCAGGGGAACGAAAAUCUGAAUUUGUUUUAUGAUUUAAAGCAUCUGGUUUACAUAUUGUAUUGUAAUACUGAUACAGUUUGGCUGUGUCCCCACCAAAUUGAAUUGUGUUAAUAGUUCCCAUAAUCCCUACGUGUUGUGGGAGGGACCCAGUGGGCAGUAAUUUAAUCAUGGUGGUGGUUACCCUCAUGCUGUUCUUGUGAUGGCGAGUUCUCAUGAGAUCUGAUGGGUGUUUUUUUUUUGUUUUUUGAGAUGGAGUUUUGCUCUUGUUGCCCAGACUGGAGUGCAAUGGCACACGAUCUCGGCUCACCGCAACCUCUGCCUCCCGGGUUCAAGCGAUUCUCCUGCCUCAGCAUCUCGGGGAGCUGGGAUUACAGGCAUGCACCACCACGCCCAGCUAAUUUUGUAUUUUUAGUAGAGACGGGGUUUCUCCAUGUUGGUUAGGCUGGCCUCAAACUCCAGACCUCAGGUGAUCCGCCCGCCUGGGCCUCCCAAAGUGCUGGGAUUACAGGCGUGAGCCACUGUGCCUGGCCCAAGAUCUGAUGGUUUUGUAAGGGAAUUUUCCCCCUUUGCUCGGCACUUCUUCCUGCUGCCAUGUGAAGAAGGACGUGUUUGCUUCCCCUUCCACCAUGAUUGUAAGUUUCAUGAGGCCUCCCCAGCCUGUGGGACUGUGAGUCAAUUAAACGUCUUUACUUUAUAAAUUA